AUGAAGCUCCUCACACUCCUUCUCAUCCUUUUCGGCAUCGCCGUCUCCGCCAUCCCAGUCAAUUUCAUGACCCCAACCGACAGUGCUCUUCAACCACGCAUGACAGGGUGUCAGAAUGCUCAGUGCUGGGACUACCAGGGCAUCUGUACCAACAACGGCGAUUCCACUUCCGACAAGAACAUCCAAGUCUUCAUCAGCUCCUUCUGCACCAGGUACGACGGUCACAUGCUUAAUGCCGGCACCAACCUGACGCAAUACGGUGACCAUGGCGGGAUCAAAGGCUUCCUGGCGGUGCGCAACUACGCCAGUGAUGGGGCCUGGCUCAUGGAUAUGAACCUUUGCAUGACUGGAUUUGGCGACGUCUUGAAGAAAUGUGAGCCCAACGGCGCUGGCACGGAUACCAAGGGUGGCUACAUCUGGAUGGCAUACAAGCAGUUGACGUUCGUCAUCGGGAUCAACGGCAAUGCUCCUACUACAUUCUGCAACAUCUUCUGGACCAAUUUCUGCUAG